AUGCCAGGAAUACCAUCAAUGGUAAUAAAGCCUGAUAAAGGUGUCAACAUUAUCCUUCGAAAUGUCAGAAGGACGACUCCAAUUGUAUCAUAUUCGCCACAGAUCUAUGAUGGUCUUACACCUUGCACUAAGGUUCAAUGGGUGCUGAAAAUUCAGAAGAACCCGCAAAAUAACUUGCAUUUGAUGACGAUAAGGAAACAGUCUAAUGCGACCAAUGGUCCAGAUAAGAAAGAACAGGAGAGAAAAGCUAACCUCGGGUCUAUGGUGGAUGAACUUCGAGUAUUGAUUCCAAAUAUCUUGAAUAAAUCGUUACCAAAGUCAAUUAUAUCGAGUGGCAUAUUACUCAGAAUUGUACCGACUCAUCUAGAAGAGCUUAAUGGUUAUUUGCCUAAUAUAAAAGGUCAUGUAUCGUACUAUGCUACAUGUAAAACGUUGCAAUUGAUCUUAACUUCGGUUGUAUUAAGUCCAAAGGUAAAACUACAUAUCCAAAAAAUAAAAGUCUCAAAGGACAGCGACUACAAGUGCAUCUAUCCUGAAUCUACAAAAAUUGAAGUCCGCUGGACAACUUGCUUGGAAGGCUGUGCUCAUCUCUCUCAAGAAGAUGGUAAACAUAAAUCUGAAGAUACAAGCUAUCAUUCAACCUCAGACGCAAAACUAGGCUCUCAUAGCUGGUCUAAAGUAGAUCCUGUGAAAGCACUCAAACAUAAUAAGUCGAAUAAUGUUACAACCACAUUGCCAUCCCUUACCAGUACCAUAUCGCAUUGGACAUCGGGAUUAAUAGGCUUGACUAAGGAAAAUAAAAAACUAGAAAGGAUAAUAUCUGGAAUCUUUAUAUUUGAACUCAAUGACGAUAACAAUAAAAUCAUUGUACAUACAAUCGAAGAUGUGGACGUCAUCGAGAAGACAGAAGCAGAGGAUGUCGACGGUGAAUUGCGAAUAUGUUAG